AUGGCCGCCCCGACGAACGAAGGCGCGGGGCCGCCUUCGCCACCCGCGUGCACCGUCAUCGCGGCGGUCCUCCAGAACCGCGCGAGGGAGGUUGGCGUCGCGCUGUUCGACAAGCGCGGCGGCCCGUCGCUGGACCUGGAGCAGCACGUCGAGGUUGGAGAGAGCCACGCCACGACGCUGUGCGAGCUGCAGCGCGCGCGACCGGGCGUGAUCCUGACGCUCGCGGGCGACAGGGGCGGCGCGCUCGGCGACGCCCUCGCGAGAUUCGCGCGCGCGCACGAUUGCGCGCUCGUCGAGCUUCCGCGGAAGCAGUUCGACGACAUCGUGGGCGCGGACCUCGUCGCGCGGUGCGCGCGCCGCGGCUCCAGGCUGGCGCCCAACCCCAAGGACGCCUACCUCGCCUUCGCCGCCGCCGCCGCGGUGCUGCAGUUCGUCGAACACGGAGGCGUCGAGCGCGCGACGAACGACGCGGAAAACUCGUUGGAACCCCUAGUAGGACGUCGCCGCCACCGCUGGGAACCCUUCCCGCUGCACGAAGCCGCGCGCGCGUCCCCGGGAACCGUCGUGGUGACGUGCUGCAGGAGCGAGCACUUCAUCGCGCUGGACCCGGCAGCCGCGCGAGUGCUCGAGAUCGCGCGACCUCUCGGCCCCACCGGCGAACCCGUCGCCGAACCGAAACGUUCAAACCCGAACCGCUCUUCUAAACCGAUUAACCCCCGGACGGACCCGGUCGGCGCCGCGAACGCGCGCGACUCUCGAGCACGCCCCCACGCACGCCGGUCGCUGCUCGGUUUGCUCGACACGUGCGCCACGCGCGGUGGGUCGAGGCUGAUGAAGGCGUCGCUCCUUCAGCCCCUGAGGGACCACGCCACGAUAAACGCGAGGCUGGACGCGGUGGAGGAGCUGCUUCGGUCCGGCGGGCUCGCGCACGAGUGCCGGCGGAGGUUGGCAGCCACCACGGGCGGGAAAGACGUCGAGGCGGUGACGUCCAUGUUCGCCGAGCCGCGACGGCGCCCGUCGGCACCCCACUCGGCACCCCACUCGGCACCCGAGGGUGGCCCCCCCUCUUCGGAGGUCCGUCCGAUCGACGCCAACCCCGGAAGGGUCGCGGCGAGGAUCCGGACGCUUCUGGACACUCGACGCGCGCUCGAGGAGGUGCCAAAACUCGGCGACGCGCUGAAAAACACCAACGCGGGGUUGCUGAGGGAGAUUGGCGAGGUUCUUCGCGACCCCUUCUUCGCCGGUUUCCUGCAUCGCAUCGACGGGGUGUUCGAGCCGGACGUGGUGGACGGCAGAUCCAGUUUCUCCGCCAAGACGAGGCAGGUGUUCGCGGUCAAGUCAGGCGUGGAUGCGUUUCUGGACAUCGCCAGAAGGAACUUUUGCGAAGCCACCGAGGCUGCGCACGAGCUCAUACGCGCCCUUCGCGAGCGCACCGGCCUGGAAUCCCCCAGGCUCGAUUACACCGCGACCGGGAUGUUCCAAAUCAAGGUGACCCGGUCCGAUUUCGGCAGGUACUCCGUGAACGCGUCCCACUUCGACGCGUCUCUCCCGACGCUGCACGCGAUCGACACCCUCGGCGACGACGCGACCCGACCGAUAAGAAGGGACGACGACGACGCCGCCGGUGUUCGAAACGACCGCGUCGUGCGGUGCACGUGCGACGGCCUCGACGUCAUCAACCGACGGUGCGUCGACUCAGCCGACGAGGCGAUGCGAAGGAGCGCCGCCGCGGUUGAAUCCGUCGCCGCGUCCGUCCGCGCCAACGUCGCCGCGUUGGGCGCUCUCUCGUCCGCGCUCUCGCUGCUCGACGUCCUGUGCGCGUUCGCCGUCCGGGUCAUGACCAGCAAAGGACCGUACGUUCGACCGGUGUUCGGCGAUCGCGAGAGCCCGCUGGCGAUCGAAGCCGGACGGCACCCGGUGCUGGAGGAGCUCCCGGGCGUGGACUUCGUCGCCAACUCCGCCUACCUCUCCCCGGCGUUCAACCUCUCCGUCGUGACCGGCCCGAACGGUGGGGGUAAGAGCACGUACCUGCGGCAGGUCGCGGUACUCGUCGUCCUGGCGCACUCGGGAUGCUUCGUCCCGGCUACGUUUUUCAGCGCGCCGCCCGUCGACGCGAUCUUCACCCGCGUCGGCACGAGCGACUCGAUGGAGACGGACGCGAGCACGUUCGCGGUGGAGUGCCGCGAGUGCGCCAGGAUCCUGUCCCGCGCCACCUGCCACUCCUUGGUCCUCGUCGACGAGCUCGGUCGAUCCACCGACAGCGAAGAGGGCGAGAGGUUCGCGUGGGCGACGGCGGAGGCUCUGCUGGAGCGCGGGUGCAAGACCCUGUUCGCCACGCACGCUCGGCGACUCGGUAAACUCGCGCAGCUCUACCCGAACGUCAGGACGUCGACGAUGGCGGUGGACCUCGUGGGCGGGCGGCGGCGCGUGGCCGUGGAUGACCCGAACCGGAAUGGAAACGGGGAUGACCAAAACCGACGCAUGGAGUGCAGGUACAGGCUCGUGGACGGCGCGUGCGAGGCUCCGCACUACGGCCUCCGAGCCGCGGAGGCGCUCGGAGGUUUUCCCGCGGAGAUGAUGCGCGACGCGUGGGCGAUCGCGCGUCGGGUAGAGACCGCGGCGGCGGCGGCGGCAGCGGCGGCGGCGGCGGCGGCGAGCGAUGGCGGCACAGCCGGCGGAGGAUUUUUGCCGGGACACAGCCGGCGAGACGCAGCCGGCGACGACGCGACGAGAAUCGCCGUCGAACGCGCGGCGCGGACGGCGAAGGUGGCGGAGCGGGCGAGGCGGCUCUUCGAGAUUGAAGCCGGCGGGGGUACCGAGGGUGCCGAGGGUCGCGGCGGGCGCGAGAAGAGGGAGGCGGCGCUCGCGUCGCUUCGAGCGACGGCUGCGGAUGUGGCGGGAUUUGGGGGGGGAGGCGCAUGCGCGUGA